AUGAGCACAGGACUGCAGGAAGAAGUUUUCAUUAGAAUUCGACUCCCAGCUGAGGAUUAUGAGCCUCAUCAAGAAAACUGCCGAAUUUUCGGGACCCUAGGGAGUUUGUAUUCCAGGGGCACCAUUGAAAUCCUGAGUGAUGUGCAGCUGGUCAAGACUGGAGACAAAGUGGGAGCCAGUGAAGCCACGCUGCUGAACAUGCUCAACAUCUCUCCCUUCUCCUUUGGGCUGGUCAUCCAGCAGGUGUUCGACAAUGGCAGCAUCUACAACCCUGAAGUGCUUGACAUCACAGAGGAAACUCUGCACUCUCGCUUCCUGGAGGGCGUCCGCAACGUUGCCAGUGUCUGUCUGCAGAUUGGCUACCCAACUGUUGCAUCAGUACCCCAUUCCAUCAUCACUGGGUACAAACGAGUCCUGGCCUUGUCGGUGGAGACAGAUUACACCUUCCCACUUGCUGAAAAGGUCAAGGCCUUCUUGGCUGAUCCAUCUGCCUUUGCGGCGGCUGCCCCUGUGGCUGCUGCCACCACGGCUGCUCCUGCUGCUGCUGCUGCAGCCCCAGCUAAGGUUGAAGCCAAGGAAGAGUCGGAGGAGUCGGACGAGGAUAUGGGAUUUGGUCUAUUUGACUAAUCACCAGAAAGCAACCAAUUUAGCCAGCUUUAUUUGCAAAACAAGGAAAUAAAGUCUUCUUUAAAAAGUCAAAAAAAAA